AUGACAGACAGCUGUUGUCCUGGAAAUCCCAAGGCUGUCCCACCUGUGCCCACCAUCUCCACAUGCUCCAAUGGUGGCAGCAUUAGAAAUGCUAUCCGUUUGCCCAGUUCCUGCCAGACCAGGACAUGGCAACUGGUUACACAUCAAGAAAACUGCAAACCAUCCAACAGUGCCCCAGAUACCUCUGAACCUGUUUCUUGUCCAUCAACCUGUUUUCCAGACACUUCCUGUGUGGGUUUUGUUUGCCAACCCAUAGGUUCACACGCAGCCUGCUGUGCACCUGACACCGGUGGGCCUCCUCAUCCAGCUGCCUCCUGCCAGCCCUCUUGUGUGGAAUUUGCUGGUUGUCACACGACGACGACAUGCUGUGAUAAUAGCCCCUGCCACCAGAGCUCCAGCCAGGAACCCGUCUGCACAUCAGGGUCAUGUGAAGCAUCAUGUGGCCCAUCCACCUACUGUGAUGAUGGAUCCUGCCAGCCAUCCUGCUCUGAAGCAACUUCCUGUGGUGAGACUCUGUGUCUACCAGUCAGCUGUGAGGCUGGUCCAUGCCAACCAACUUGCUGCCAAGGAGGGUCACAUCAACCCAUCAAAGGUGAAGGUCAGCUCUGCGAGUCAGUUUAUUACCAACCUAUCUGCUAUAUUCUCAAGCCCUGCCAGUCAGCUCCCUGCAUGCCUGUCUCCUGCCAGCCAUUAUCUUGUAUGUUCAGUUCUUGCACUCAAACUUGUUGUGUGCCUGCCUCUUGCCAGCCACUUCACUGUCAACCAGCACCUCCAGGCUCCUGCAUCUGUCAGCCGGUGGUUACCUGCCAGUACCCCUGUUGUGCAAAGAGCAGUGGUAGAUCAACUUCGUGUGUUAUGGUUUCUAGCAGACUGACUUGCGGUGGACCCACUUCCAAUCAGAGCAGCUGCCAAUCUGGACCCGCUUCCAAUCAGAGCGGCUGCCAAUCUCCUUCUUGCCCGCCCCCUUGCUGUGUGACUGGUUUAGGCAAACCUUCCAGCAAUGGCCCCGCUUGCUGUCCACCAACUUCUCCAAAUGUGUGCCAAGAAGGCACCUGCGCGCCCGCUUCCUGA